AUGCUCUCCCUCUGCACCCCGUCGUCGCCUCCGCUCCCACCGCCUCCCCACGCCACCGUCACAGCCCCUCCCGCCUCCGUCGCCCUCCUCCGCGAGGCCGCGGCACGGCGCGACGCGGCGCUCACAUCGGCGCUCCACGCCGCCCUCCUCAAGUCCGGCGCGCUCCGUUCCCCGCAUGCACCCCUCGCCGCAACGAACUCCCUCCUGCACGCCUACCUCCAAUGCCGCCUCCUCUCCCGCGCGCUCCCCCUGCUCGACGAAACGCCCCGCCGCGACGCGGCCACCUACGCCUCCCUCAUCUCCGCGCACUGUCGCCUCGGCGCGCCCCUGGACGCCCUCCGCGCCUUCCUCGACAUGCUGGUCCUUGGAUUGCCCUACAGGGAUGUUGUUUCUUGCACGGCCAUCAUAUCAGGGUGCGUGCUCAAUGGUAUGCUCGAAGAGGCCCUCGAGGUGUUCGUCAUGAUGCUGGAAGAUGGUGUCCUCCCCAACAAUGUCACGAUGCUGAGCGUCAUUCAGGCGUGCUCUUUGAUGGGCGCCUCGGAAUUGUUCAGUCCAGUGCACGCUCUUGUUGUUCUGUUGGAGCUCGAGCAUGAUGCCUCAGUGGUGAAUUCUCUCAUCAUGAUGUAUGCAAAGAAUGGAUUUGUUCAAGAUGCUAUCUGGCUUUUCAAGGGAUUCUACCUGAAAAGUGGGAAUGCGUGCUCUAACGAGGAUGUUCUUGCGGCAGUUCUUUAUGGUUGCACCAUUUCGGGAUCCAUGAAGACUGGGGUGGGGGUCCAUGCGCACACGAUUAAAAUGGGUGCUUUCCCAAGCAUCAGCGUUGAGAACUCCCUUAUGGCCAUGUAUGCUAGAUUUGAGCAAAUCGAUGCUGCACACUUGGUAUUCGAAGGUAUGAAGGUUAAGGAUAUUGUUUCAUGGAACACCAUCAUCUCAUGCUUUGCCAAGAGUGACCGUGUGAAUGAAGCCAUGGAGCUUUUCAGCGUACUUCAUGCUGCUGCUGGUGGGCUUGCGCCUGACUUUGUCACGGUCUUGAGCAUCCUGUAG